AAUGACCUCAAUCUCGCAGGCUUGUGCAUCCUGAAGCUCCCAGAAGUCAUGUGACACUCGGGAAAAUGUCUCACCGUACUCCACCUCACACGUAAUCAGAACUCCAUUUCAGAUCCGAGUGCUCCCAGUACCAGAAAAUCACUGGCCUUUCCGAUCCCACAAAGUAUGAUUCGAUACCAUAGUUUUAUCUUCUUGGUAUGAUUGUGUGCCUCUGCUGGAGCCUUAUUAGGAAACCUGCAAGGCCAGGUGACCUUCUGCAUGUAUUCAUGAGCAGAUGACGGGUGCAGUGAUGUCAGUUUGAGGUGAUGCUAAUAGUAGCACAACUGUGAGCAUUGAACCAGAGCCAUGACCUGAGUACAGCCUUUCAUCACAUUUACACCAGCAACUCAAAGUACGAGCAGCAAAGAUCAUGUUACAUGUGUGGAAUAGGAAACACUUUGCAUGCAGUGGUCACUGAAAGGAAGGAACGAAGACAGUUAAGGAGAAACAGACAGAGGGAAGCACGGAAAGAGGGAAAGGCAGAGAAAUACAAAGGAGAAAAGAAAGAGAAAGUUUGGGGCGUCAUUCUCUAUGUCGGCGGCAGCGGUAGCCCCAGCCCCGGAAGCCCGUCCAGCGGCUACCAGACGCAGUCGCCCUGCCCCCACUCGCAGCCCUCCUCCCCGGAGGAAAUGACCUUCACCGAGAUCGGUGCUCUAAAGUUGGCACAUGACCGGGAGGGCUCUCCAUCUCCGAAACUGGUCUUCCAGUACCCUGAAGUGACAAGUGCUCCUGCCCCCAGCCCUAUUCCGCCCAUCAGCACUUACCCCACCCCUGGGAAGAGGUCAUGUGGCUUCCCCGGCACUUUCAGCAAGACGGGAGGCAUGGUGCUCUUAUGUAAGGUCUGUGGGGACAUUGCUUCUGGCUUCCAUUAUGGGGUUCAUGCUUGUGAGGGCUGCAAGGGUUUCUUCCGACGCAGCAUCCAGCAGAACAUCCACUACAAGGUAUGUGCGAAGAACGAGAACUGCACGGUGAUGCGCAUGAACCGGAACCGCUGCCAGCACUGCCGCUUCAAGAAGUGCCUGUCUGUGGGCAUGUCCAGAGAUGCUGUGCGCUUUGGCCGCAUCCCAAAGCGUGAGAAGCAGCGGUUGUUGGAUGAAAUGCAGAGCUACAUGAACAGCUUCAACCAAUCAUCACCCUCUAUGGACAUCGGCUCCUCCCCCUCACGAGAAGCCCCACCCAGCCCAGGAGACAGCCAAUCAGAGGAGGCCAUAGGGGCCAUUUCCCGUGCUUAUCGAGACAUCUUUGUGAACAACCAGGAUAGACUGGCUCAGCCUCGCUUCCUUCAGAGCCCCAGCUGCGCACAACCUGCCACCCAUGGCCUCCUACUGCAGGGAUCCCCCCCCUUUCAGCGUGAGCAGUACCCAGCUAAUGCCUGGCACCUUGCAACCCCCCAGGACAGCAUGUCCCUACCUUUUAUUGAUAACAAAAAGUAUGGUUACCCCUCCCUAAUCAAGCAGCCCCAUUCCCUGUCCAGUGCAGACCCCUUCCCUAAACUGCCCCCGUCCACAUUCAGCAGAGCCUCAGUCGCCUCCCACAGUCAGCAUUCCUGGAGUUUGGCUGCAGGGGCCAAAGUGCUGGCAUGUCCCCUGAACACUUGCCCCGUGCCCCCCGUGGGCUGCUCCAGCCAGCAGCUGUGGGACGCCUUCUCACAGAGCUUCACCCCCGCCGUGCGGGAGGUGGUGGAGUUUGCCAAAGGGAUCCCCGGCUUCCAGAGUCUCAGCCAGCAUGACCAGGUGAUGCUUCUCAAAGCCGGAACCUUCCAGGUUCUGAUGGUGCGGUUCUGCAUGCUCUUCGACCCCAAGGGCCGGAUGGUGACAUUUCUAAACGGACAGACGUACCCACUGCCCACCCUGCGCGCCCUGGGCAUGGGCCCCCUGCUGGACGCCGUAUUCGAGUUCAGUGAGAAGCUGGCUGCUCUAGGCCUGAAGGCCGAUGAGAUGGCACUCUUCAUGGCCGUGGUGCUGGUCUCUGCGGACCGCUCCAGUAUGAUGAAUGCCAAGGCUGUAGAGCAGCUGCAAGAGGAUCUGGUGCGGGCCCUGAGGUCCCUCAUCACCCAGCAGCAUCCCGAGGACAGCACCCUGUUCCAGAAGCUUCUGCUGCUUCUGCCCGACCUGCGGACCCUGAAUGACCUGCACUCAGACAAACUGCUGGCCUUCCGCAUCGACGCCUGAACAUCAUUUCCAUCCCCCACAGAGAGCAGCGGCAGCACCUCCGACCUGAAAAGGAGACAGUUCAGUAUGUUCAGGGCAUGCAUCAGGAAAAUUCUGGAACUCACUGAACCCCAAUGGGGCCGCUGGCCGGUGUUCCACAAGCCUUUUGAUCCACUGUAUGUGUUCACAUUAGCAUCACCUGCUUUGGAAAAGGGAGUUUUUUUGAAAACCAGUAACAGAUUAUCUCCUUUUCCAGUUUCCCAUUACUCCCAGUUCAUCCAGUAACUGGGCAGACAGCUUAGCAUGUAUCUUUAGUCAGGAGAGCUCACACAUUAUGGAUGAAAGGGCCAUGAUGAAUCAUAGUGCAGACGUGUAUGUUUUUCACAUAUUGGUGAAUAACACUCAUUAAUGCUGUGUUAUUCAAUGUGCACGGCUGUCUUGAUUCAUGCACACAAAACAUCCUCUUUCUAAAACCACCUGUCCUAUGCAGGGUCACAGGGGGUCUGGAGUCAAUCCCAGAGUCUCCAGGCAGAGAACAAGCCAGGAUGAGGGGGAGACACACACACACACACACACACACACACAGAGCUCCAAAUAGCCUCAGCAUGUUUUUGGACUGUGGGGGGGGGACCAGAGUACCCAGAGGAAACCCCAUGACAACACAGGGAAAACAUACAAAAUCCACACACAGAACCCCGGUCCCACAGGUAUGAGACAGCAGUGGUAACCACUGCACCACACUGCACAAACUUUUUACAAGAAAAAAGAGUAAAAUGGCAACCUAUGAUUACACUGAAAUCACGCUGCAUUUUAUUGAAUGACUGACCUGGCCUGAAGAUCUCAAAUCUCUCUCGCUCUCUAUUACAAGCGUACGUACAGCUUGAGGGUCUCUCCCCUGAGGUCUCCCCACCAUUUCCAGUCUUCCAGUUGUUAAUCUCAUGCAUGUCGAGAUUUGUAUGCUUCCGCUUGAUUUUGCUGUUGUAAAUAAUGUGGUACUAAAUGAUCAGACUUAAUCGGUGAACCUGGAAGUGUCGGCCCAACUUGCCAACAGAACCACUAAUGGGGUGCCUGUGCGGCAGUGGAAGAACACAGGACUUCCGGUUCCGUGACAUUCAGAAGGAACCAAAAACGUGGGAAUGAAUAUAUUUCUUGGACUGAAGCCCAAAACCAGGAGGAUCCUUUAUUUGAACCCCACGGCUUGUCAAACAGCAGAUAUUUGCUGGAACUUGAAGACACCAAACUUGUUGGCUUGCGUGACCCUCCUGUCAUCAGACUGUUUCUUCUUAAUGGCAUCCUCCUGUAUAUACUAUAAGGGAUCUCCUUACAUGGGUACAAUAUGAAGCUGAAAUGAUCUCUCUGCUUGUCUGUUUUUAUUCCUGCACCUUCCCAGGUUUCUUCAUGCACAUUGCCCCCCUCCCCCCUGCAUGUGGGUGGUACCUAAGCAUGAAUAUUGACAACAUCGACAGUUUUUUAAGACAGUAAAAUCCUGACGCUUUGCCAUGAACACAAGGCUGCUCGACACCCUCAUUAUAAGUUGUGGAAUCCCGUUACAACAUGACCCAAGCAGAGAUCACAAAGACUGUUCAAAACGACUCUUCCACAACGAGGAUACAGCUAUAGUAAAUAAUCUACAAUUUUGGUUUACUUAUAAUUGAAUAAAAUCAACUGUAACAGAA